AUGGAAGAGGAGCUGUUGAUCAUUAGAGACUGGCUUAUCAAAGGAGCAGAGAAAGGGUGGCAAGAGGUGGUGGUUUUUAUGCAGAACAGAAAUCUGGCCAAAUCUCUAAGAGAAAAGCUGGACAAAAUAAAAAUAAAACUCUUCAGUCCCAAAAUUCUAGAAACCAAAAAGCCAGUAGGAGCAGCCAUCUUCAAAUUUUACCCGUCCGUCCCCAUCAUCCCUAAUCAAGACCACGAGACGACAUCUUCAGCUAUCGUAAUGGAAGGAGGUGAGAAUGAACCGUUGCUCGAAAUUAACCCGUCAGUCCCCAUCAUCCCUAAUCGAGACCACGAGACGACAUCUUCAGCUAUCGUAAUGGAAUGA